GUAGACGUAACGUUUCCAGUUAGGCUUCGCUAAAUAAUUCUUUCAGAAUGAGUAGUCAACAGACCGAAAACUCGACUGGGGACGUCCAUCACUACUCUACUGGACUAAAACUUCAUUCCUGUCUGCAUAAACUCGUCUCGGUGCACGUUGGAGCUUCUCGAGCGAGCUAAGCUUAGCUUAGUUUAGCUUAGCUUGCUAGCCGCUAACAAAGAGACGCGCGAUUGUUAGCGACACAUGGCUGAGCAGAGAUCAAGUGUGACUGAACAGUAUUGCAGUCACCGUCUAAAAAUGUGGGCAAAAUGUGUGAAAGAAGAAGAGUACGAGGAGGACAUUUGUCGAGCGGAAGAGACCGAACGUCACCUACUGGACGCCGUUUGCGAGCUGCAAGCUCGAGAUUUGCUACAGAGAGCAGACGUCACUCGAGAAGAUCUUCUUCAGCAGGAGCCGGACUCCCUCCGGACCAAAGAGGAGGAGGAGGAGGAGCUUCCGGAGAUCAAAAAGGAAGAGGACCUCCGGUCUCCUCACUUUAAAGAGGAAGCGCAGGAGGAUGAAAUCAGCAAGUUCGCAUUGACGGGUGUCAGUGUGCAGAGCGAAGCAAGUGAUGGAGACCACUUUGGAGGAUCCCAAGCAGACGGCCUCUUAGCGCCGCUCGCAGAUAGUGACAGCGCAACGUCACACUCUUCUGACUAUGAGGACGGCGAACACUGGAAAGACGUCAGUGAAGAUCUUUGUCCUGAGCAGCUGGAGCCAGAAUCCCCCCACCUCAAAGAAGAGGAGGAGCCAGAGUGCUCCCACAUUAAAGAGGAGGAGCGAGAGCCCCCUCACAGUCACGCUGAAGAGGAGUCUGAGCCCCCCUACAUUAAAGAAGAAGAGCAGGAGGAUGAUAUCACCAAGAUUCCAUUCAUUUGUGUCAUUGUGAAGAGUGAAGAAGGCGACGGAGACCGCUGUGGAGGAUCCCAAUUGGACGACCUCUCAGCUCCACUGUCAGAUAGCGACGACAUCACGUCACACUCUUCUGACUCUUCUGAACGACACUCGAAAGGUGACACUGACAACAAAUGUGUUCAAUGUUCUCACUGUGACAAAGCGUUUUACAGCCGGUCGUCGUUGAAAGAACAUAUUAGAAAACACACUGGAGAAAAACCCUUUGCUUGCUUAGUUUGUGGUAAAAGAUUCUCUUUCAAGAAAAAUGUCAAAAUACACACAAAAACGCACACAGGCGAAAAACUUUACGUCUGCUCAGUUUGCGGUAAAAGGUUCACUCAGAAUGGAAGUUUAAAAAUGCACACAAGAACGCACACUGGAGAAAAACCUUUUGCCUGCUCAGUUUGCGGUAAAGGAUUCUCGGAAAAGACACAUUUAACAAGACACACAAGAACACACACAGGAGAAAAACCUUAUGGCUGCUCCGUUUGUGGUAAACGGUUCACUCAGAAUGGAGAUUUGAGAAUACACACGCGAACACACACUGGAGAAAAACCUUUUGCCUGCUCAGUUUGCGGUCAAAGAUUCUCUAUCAAGGGACACUUAACAGCACACACAAGAACUCACACGGGGGAGAAACCUUUUUCCUGCUCAGUUUGUGAUAAAAGAUUUACUGUGAAGAAAGGUUUGACAAGACACACAGCUACACACGCGAGUAGGAAACCUUUUGCCUGCUCAGUUUGUGGUAAAAGAUUUGCUAAAAAGGCUUAUUUAACAAAGCACACUACGAAACACACGAGUGAGAAACCAUUCCAUUGCAGUGUGUGUGAUAAUACAUUCUUCUGCCAGGAUCAGUUUAAGAGACACAGGUGUGCUCGUGAGAAUCAACUGAACUGACGAAAUCAUUGUCCAUACUCCCUAAUCACAGCGGAAGCUCAGAUUACAAAUGACCUGCUUUACGAAUAAUUCAAUUUCUGCUCUAGGUUUAUUUAGAAAAAAAUAAUCAUUAAAAAAAAAAAAAAAAAAAAAAAACGAUUUCCUCGGUUUGGGCAUUUUUUUCGGUUUGCAGAAAGCCUUAGCACAGACGUGGAAGGAUCAGUUGUGCUUUUGCCCCACUGUGUACAGUAAACACCUUUGGCUCUCGGUGUCUGUGUUUGGCGUACGUGUUUGUGAGUUUUCCGAAUUUACCAUCUGUCCUAUUUUAAUAAACGUAAUAAUACUAAUAGUAGUAAAAAAAAAAAGUUGUGUGGU